AUGUUUAAUGGUGCUUUGUGUAUGAACAUGUUGGCUGUGGAACAACAUUUGGCUACAGUAUGGGUAAAUGACUACGAACAGAAGAAAAUUAAAAUUGGGGUUGUUUUAAUGCUUGUUGCAGUAAGUUAUCGUAGAUAUCAAUCUAUAUAGUUUUUACAGUACUCUCUCUAUAUAAGCAACCCGAAGAGACCGACAUUUUGUGUUUACUAUAAGGGGUGUGGUCUUUACAGAGAGACUUUUUAGUGCAAGUUAACUUGGCGGGGCUAAAUUUCUUGUUUACUAUAAGGAGAGUUGCUUAUAAAGGUGGUUCGAUAUAUAGGCCACUGUAAUUAAAAUUUAAUAAUUUUUUUAAUUUUAAGGUUUUUUGGAAGUUGUUAAAAUAUUUUUCAGAUUGUUCAAAGUGUUCCAAUUGGCAGUACAAUAAACUGGUACUAUACCAAACAAGACUAUGAUUUAUAUCAUUCAAAGACGAGCUGUAUACCUAUUGACAAGCAUUGGGAGCUGGGCUUAAUUGGUUAUGCUCUUUGUUUUUUUACUUGUGGGGCUUGUUCACUGGUAAGGCUUACUAUAAUAUUAUAUUUACACAAUUAAAUUUUUUAAAUUAUUUUAUUUUUUUAUCAUUUUUGAUCACAUUUGCAAAAAAUAUUGCUAGUUUUACUUUAGUGGCUAUCUGUGUUACAUCGAUAUAAUCAUAAAAAGAUGCUGGACCGACUAAAACUUAAAAGUUUAAGUGCAAGGUAUCAACAGACGGAAAACGAAAACACAAAUAAAUCGAUUAAACCUUCUUUAUUUGGAUAUAUGAUAUUCGCUUUGGUAGGAUUGUUGGUAAAUACAUUUCGUGGGAAGCUUAUAAUUGACUAUGGACAGAAAAACGUGUAUGAUCCUAUUAUUGAAAAUGUAAGAUUUUUUUGUUUUUUAUAGUAUUUUAAUUUUAUAACAUUGACUAUAGACAGAAAAACGUAUAUGAAGCCUAAAACUUUAAACAAAAAUCUUUAACAUAGCCAUUUUUAGAUAGGCUACACAUGUGUUGACGUAUACGCAAUAUACCACAUGUUUUGCUUCAUGUACUAUAAUGAUGCGAUGAGGGUUGCUAUCAGAAAAGAUUUUUAUCGAAUAUUCGGUAGCAUAUCCGGAGGUUCAAGAAUUCACCAUGUUCACAAAAUUGAGUUUAACAAUGCCCAACAUACGAAUGUUUAUUUUCAACUAUUACACGACUCAUGGAAGUGA